AGAGUUCUUUGUUUCAUCUAAAAGUUUAUUUGCAUAUUUUUGUUCGCGUUACGUGUUAUUUCGAGAUACAAUGUCGACGGAUGUCUCUGCCGACCCCGCAGUGCUCAACCUGCAGACAUACUUGAGGAUCCGUUCUGUUCAUCCUAAUGUUAAUUAUGAUGAAUGCCUCGCCUACCUUCGCGGGCAGGCACAGCAACUGGGUCUAUCGGUACAGGAGUACACGAUAGUGCCAAAGAAACCCAUUCUGGUGAUGACGUGGACCGGCUCCGACCCUGCCUUGCCGAGUAUCCUGCUUAACUCGCAUAUGGAUGUUGUGCCUGUGUUUGAGAAAAGCUGGAAGCAUCCACCGUUCGCGGCGGAGAUAGAAGACGGCGUGGUGUACGGACGAGGAGCUCAGGAUAUGAAGUCGGUGGCUGUGCAGUAUAUUGAGGCCGUACGCCGGCUGAAGCAGACUGGCUUCAAGCCCAAGAGGACCAUACAUUUGUCUUUUGUACCAGAUGAAGAGGUCGGUGGUAGGCAAGGCAUGGGCGAGUUCGUGAAGUCGGAACACUUCAGGGCAUUGAACGUGGGCUUCUCUCUGGACGAGGGCCUCGCCAGCGCGUCCAGUGAAUACCUCGUCUACAACGCCGAGCGGUCCAUUUGGCAUAUAAGCAUCACCUGCCCCGGAAAAUCCGGACAUGGGUCGCUGCUUCUACCGGACAACUGCGGAGAAAAGGUGCGCUACAUCAUCGACAAAUUCAUGGACCUGCGUCAGGAGUCGAAGAAAAAGAUGGAGGACAACCCAGAACUGACUGCCGGCGACGUCACCUCUGUCAACCUGACCAUACUCUCUGGUGGUAUUCAGAACAACGUGGUGCCUGAGAAGUUCGUAGCCAGCUUCGAUCUACGCCUGGCUUUGUCUGUGAACCACCAGGAGUUCGAAAACAUGAUAAAGAAGUGGUGCUCCGAGGCGGGUCCGGGGGUUACCUACGACUUCGACCAGAAGGACGCAUUUGUGGCUGCCACACCCCUGGACAACGGCAACCCUUACUGGCUCGCUUUCAAAGCCACCACGGACGAGCUAAAACUCCCGGUGAAAAUCUGCACAUUCCCCGGAGGGACCGACAGUCGCUACAUCCGCGAGCUGAACAUCCCAGCGCUGGGAUUCACGCCCAUCAUCAACACGGAGCCAGGGCUGCACCAGCACAAUGAGAGCCUGAAGCUGGACGUCUUCAUGCGAGGAAUACAGAUCUAUGAGAAGAUCAUACCGGCUCUUGCUAAUGUUUAACCUCGUUAGGCCCGAAUUUCCAGACGCUAGAUAUACAGUGGGUUUUGGGUUUUAAAAGGCAUUUGGGUUUUAAAUUGAAUCUCACUUUUGUAGUACCUACUUGUUUGAAAAUAAAUGGAUAUUACACAUUAA